GCACGCCGGGAGGAAGGGAGCCGCGGUGCAUGCCGGGAGGCGGGGCCGCCCCUCAUUAGCGCGCGCGGCGGCCGCCAUCUUUCUCUGUCGGGCGGCAGCAUGGGGCACCAACAGCUCUAUUGGAGUCACCCCAGGAAGUUUGGGCAGGGAUCGCGCUCCUGCCGCGUCUGCUCCAACCGCCACGGCCUCAUUCGCAAGUACGGGCUGAACAUGUGCCGGCAGUGCUUCCGCCAGUACGCCAAGGAUAUCGGCUUCGUCAAGCUGGACUGAGCGCCAGGAGGAUGAGACCAUCGCCAGAAGCUCCAGGGGCUUAUGUGGGCUUCCCUUCAACAUCUUGGUGCAGCCCUGCUCAAUAAAUGGUCUCUCUUCCCUGCUGAUCUGUA